UCGAAGCGGACGAAAAACAUGGCAAAGAAUCUUUUUGUUAUCUACUUCGUGGUCGGUCUUUCAAUCUUUGCCGUUAUUGUUAAUGAAGUAUCAUCUGUGAAAGGAGUUGAUUUAGCGUGUGUUCGUAAAAGCAAAACAUGGAACGGGUUGUGCUUCAGCAGUUCAAAAUGUAAAUGGAAAUGCAUGGAAUUGGAGCACGCCAAAACUGGAGGUUGUUCAGCCGUGUUCGUGUGUUAUUGUCGUUUCAAUUACAAUCCUAUAACCGGACAAUGUACAUGAAACUGAUCAUCAUAUUUAUGUAUAUUGAUAAUUAUAUAAUGUUAUAUAUACAUACAUUUA